AUGGAGGGACCUAGUAGGAACUGGCGUCCAUUGCACACAGCAGGAGAGGGGACGAGCUCACAAAACAGUCAGCAGGCACACAUCCGCCUCCAGAGACGCGUAGCAGCGGUCAACUCUUCUGCUCUGUCCUCCGCACGGCUCACCUUACCGGGAGUUAUGGACGCCGAGGGGAGGGUGGACGAGUCCAGACUGAGGAUGCAUAUUUUCAAAAACGGUGGCGUGUCUCCCUCUGAGCGUGGCCUUGUGUGGCGUUUCCUGUUUGGGAUGUUCCCGUGCAGCUCAACAGCAUUGGAGCGCUCUCUGCUGCAGGAGCAGCUGGUCGUUCGCUACAGUGUCAUGAAACGAAAGUGGCAGCAGUUCCUGCCUUCAUCCGUGCGCAUUCAUCUCAAUGGCACCGAUGCUGAGUUGGUGGCAGCAGUCAGGUACUUUGACCAGAGACAAGCACAGGCCCAACAGCAGACCCAGGACCAGUCUGAAGAAGUCUGGGAAAGACUGGCUUUCUUGGAGCUUCAAGCACAGAUAUUGUUUGAACGAGUCACAUUUGACCAGGAGGAGCUGCGGGAAGCAAUACGAAUCAUUGACAAGGAUGUGCCGAGAACCAACAGAGACUUGGGCUAUUACCAGGGGGAAGGUUCGGCUAAUCUACUGGUGUUGAGAGAUAUCCUCAUCACCUAUGCUGCUUUUCAUCCAGAGGUCAGUUAUGCCCAAGGAAUGAACGACCUGUGCAGCCGGUUCCUGGAGGUUCUCGACUCAGAGGUGGACACUUUCUGGAGUUUCUCCUGCUAUAUGGAGAAAUUCUCCAAGGACUUCAGGGCUGAUGGUCUUCACAGAAAAAUAGAGCUGGAGGCAGCACUGCUAAAAGAACUCGAUCCUCAACUUUAUGCUCAUUUAGUCACAGACAGUAUGGAGAGCUUCACUUUCUGCCACAGGUGGCUGCUGCUGGGUUUCCAAAGGGAGUUUGAACACAGCGACGCUUUACGUUUGUUUGAGAUCCUGAGUUGUGACCACCUGGAGCUCAUCUCCCAACAAGUAGACCGAGCUCGUUAUCAGGAGAGGCUGGCACGAAAAUACAGCACAGAGGAAAAUUCAGCAUCAAAGCUUCAGGCCAUCAACACUGACUUCACCUUUGAGCUCUUCAUCUGCGCAGCCAUCCUGUUAGAGAACAGAGAGGCUCUGCUAAGGUGUAGAGAUGAUGUACAACUCAUCCAGUUUACUAGCAGCCUCCAGGGAACACUGGACCUGAACAGCACGCUGAAGAAAGCAGAGCAACAUCUGUACAACUACUGCAAGCGCUGUGCUUGGGACUAUAUGAACGGGCGCUGCAGAACACACAAGAGCAAAGAGGAGGACUUUCUUUGUCAGCUGCGGAGUUUGCUUGUUCUGAAGUGAUAGUACUUUUAGUACCUGGUGUCAAAGACUGCUCUGAUACUGUAAUUUGUAAUGGGACAUUCAAUCCUAGUGUGUCAUUUUGAUGGAAAAUAUUUUUUAUCUUAGUUUUAUUUCUGAGGGAAACACACUAAUUUAGUGAUUGCUGCUGACUUUGACUAUGAUCAGAAACUGCUGGUCAUUUAAGAUGUACAGUAUUUAUUGUAUGAAAACUGACAAACACCAGCUGUGACACUUUUUGAUUGCGUUGCUGAAGGUUGAAGCUUGAUAUCUGAGUAGAUCAGAGUCAGCACUUUGAAGGAUUUGUCUGAGUUAUGCAAUAUUUAACUUCUGUAGCAACUUCACAGAUGUGUCUUACUACUGAUGGUGUCGCAACAGGUGGUGUCUGUAUUGAACCGCAGUAAUUCAUACUGUCAGGGGGCCUAUGUGGCAGAGAGGCCUAUAGAACAAGAAUAGACGGCCCGUUCUCAGCUCCGGCAGAGGGACUGCACACUAAGGGGAAGGAAGUCUUUCUGCACAGAUGCAUCUUACAUAAUGAAAUUUCAUAGUAGUUGUACUGAAAUGAUACCUCAGUAAAGCCACUGAAGAUUGUUUACAAUAUUCUGUAAGUAAAAUAUGUGUUCUGUUUUAUAAAUAAAGUAGGAAUCAAGUUU